GGCUAGUUUGAGCCACGAACGGCAUUAUUUCAGAGCAAACUGCAACAGUUCAACUUUCAACUGAAAACAAACAACGUCGUAAAACUGGCCUAAAAAUUUGAUACAAGCAGGAAAAGUAGCACCUGCUUUUACACAAGCAUGUGAUAUGGACGAGCAACAGCAAGCAAGAACAGCAAGGAUACAUAUCGCUCUACUGUAGUCGAUCAGUGAUAUCAAAAGCUAAUGAUUUUAAACAGAGUAAGUUUACACAAGGCAACCUACCAGCUUGUAGUUUAUCGAAAAGGCUGUAGGCCGGUACCUUAACAUUACAGACAGCUUUUAUCUUACCCUAUUGGCGAUCUCUCGCUACAAAAAGGUCACAAAUUCAUAAGGCUUUGAAGGGUAUGGUUUUGGAAUGUACAGCGAAAUCCUACCAAGACAAACAAAUUUUCCAAACGAAAAUAUGGAUACGGUAGACUUGUGCACUUUUCCAAAGGUGUGGAGGCGAUGAGUCAAACUAUCAUGAUAAAGGUGUAAGAAGGAAACAAGAAGCUACACUAGUAUUGGAUGGGUUUUAUGCUUAAUCUUGGAUGGAUACCAAUCAUAUUUGUAUUGGCAACAGUUCUUGCGUAUUUUGUCCCAUACUUCGUGGCCAUUUAUACCGGUCAUGUUUAUCCGAUCUUUCCAGCUAUAAGCGACUCGGGAAUAUUGGAACCGGAGAGUCUUGUUUUUCGAGAGAUGAUGAACAUUUCUGGAUUUCUCGCUAUUGCAACGACGUUUGUGCGAUUUUUACAGCUCCAGUUAGUGAUUUCCUCGAUUCAUUCAAGGAUCCCAAAGCAGACAGAAAAACUGAACCUAUUUUCAAUGAUAACUGGGAUAGUUGGCGGGUUUGCCGUAACCUUCGUAGGCAAUUUUUCGGCGAAAAAGGAACACGCUUUUGCGCCUGUAUCGGAAUAUUCCAUUCACAACGUGGCUGCCGUGAUUGUGUUUAGCAGCGGUCUAUUGUAUUGUGCAACACAAUCAGCGAUAUCCUUCAAGAUGAGGAGAUGGAGAGUCAACUCUAUUCAAAUGUGUCUGCUCAGAACAGCAAUUACUUUCUCAGUCAUGAUAAACUUUACUUUGUUUGUCAUAUUUAGUAGAUGGGCCAACUAUAAAUACGAUGUACUACAUACAGGACAUAGUCACGUUAGGAAACUGGGAUGGAGGCCAGGACAAAAUGGCUACACUCAGCAUCUAGUAAGCAGUAUCACAGAGUGGUUGAUGUGCCUCAGCCUGGUAUUUUAUAGCUUGACGUUCGUCAAAGAAUUGAAUUUCGUCAGAAUAACGACAGACUUCUCAGAGGAAUAUACUAUCGAAGAUAUGAUCGACAGCGAAAAUCACAUACCUGGUGAUUAGGGAGAACUUUAGUGGAACCAUUUCUCUUUUAACUUAGACGCCAUAGGCAUAAUAUCGGUACGAUACCGGCAUGAUACUUAACUAUAAGAUCAACCUGACGUGAUACUUACAGUAAGUUUUGACAAUGUCCAGCCACAAUACCUUUAAAAUCUUAUUACAAAUUCAAAGAAAAUGUUAAAUUAAAAAGCAAACGACAUUGUCAAAAAAGGAAAAGGAGCGCGAGGGAAUAUUUAUCUAAUACUGCUGAUGUGACAUAACUGCAUAUACACGUUGGAAGAUUUUACAUUGGAAUAUCCUUUUAAGCACAUCUUUCAAUAAGUCUCCAGACAGCAAACAAACGACCGAUUUCAAAUCUGGCUUUCUGUGUUCAACGUUAAUACAACGAAAACUUCCCUGCAAAGGACAACGAUUCUUGUCCCGUUUGUGUCCGACUUAUGGAGAUUUCCUUGCUACAAAACACCCUAGGGUAAGGAAGCUUUAGCCACCUUAGGAUAAAGGAUAAAUCAACAACUAUUCAGAAAAAUAAAAAACAUUAAACCUUUUUAAUUUGUUCCUUUUUUACUAUGUUUGCAACCUUUUUUCAGCCUAAAGUUUUUGUUGUCUUGACCUGAAUGAUUGAAGCUUGCAAUAUUUUUAGGAAAAUUGAAAUAUCAGCUGGUCAAUGGCGCCCAACACAUUUUCAUUCCGAUACAAUCUCUUAACGCAAAGAUCCUUUCGAUGUCAUGUUGUCGUGCCUAUCAAAAUUGUGAAUUGGAGGUCAUGUGAUAUAAUGAUUCAAUGAUCUUGGU